CUUUCUUCUUACUUGCUCUUGCCUUACAACUUUUUGGAGUAUAAAGUAAGAGAGCGAGAAAGUGAGAGAGUGUGACAUCUAAUUGAGCCCUCCAUCAACGAACAAUGGCCGGCCUGUUUUCAAAGAAAUCUCGUAAAGAGAAGGAGGAGAAAGCUGCAGCGGCUGCAAAAGCUACGACUACUGCUUCUUCAGGCACUACUCAAGGAUCUACCGGCUCAGGUUUCUCGGUCAAUUCCAUCAAUAAUAAUAAUCUUACUGCUCCUGGUCCUUCCACUCCGUCGGGUCAUCCUCCAGCAUCAAACGGCUCCAUCGUAUCAUCUGCAUCUAACCUUUCCUCAAGUGCUAAACAACAUUAUCAAGGAGCACAAGGACAGACACAAGGACAGACACAGGGACAGGGGCAGACACAGGGACAGGGACAAGGACAUUUCCAUGAUAAUUCGAGUACCAACAACAGUUUGUCUACCAGUUCAGAUUAUGCGUCUCAGCAACAACAACAUGGUCAAGGACCAUCUAGUAAAGCAUCAUUCGAGAGCGACAAGGCGCGUCAUUAUCAACAGCAACAGAUGCAAAACCCCAUGAGUCCUAUUCAGGGUCCUCCACAUUCUCUCUCAUUGUUGCAUGGCACGAACGCCUUAUUCGGGAACAACCAUAAUAUCCACAGCGGUAUCCAUGGACCAUGGAUCUCAGCACAGGUCGUGUCUGUGAAUCCAUUUCCACGUAUUGGACACACAGCAUCGUAUGUGCACACGGGAACGGACAUUUAUGUCUUUGGAGGCAUCUCAAAGAACUCGAUCCAGAGGGACAUGCAUAUCAUUGAUUUUCAAUCUUUGCACUGCCAGGUCUUACCAGCCAUGGGAAUGGACCAUCCACCUCCCACAGCAGGUCAUACCGCUGUGACCCUUGGUCAAUACAUCAUGUAUUUCGGAGGACGGGACACUAAAAACAAGUGCAGCGAUGCAUUGUUUGUGUUGCAUACAGUCCGCAAGGAGUGGAAUCGACCGGUGAUCCAUGGUCUAUUGCCUGCACCCCGUCAUUCACAUGCAGCCUGUGUCAUUGGCACGACCAUGUUUAUCUUUGGUGGACAGUUCAAUGGAUACUAUCUUAGUGACAUUGCCUCAUUCGACAUGAAAUCCUUAAAUACCCCAAGUCCCAAGUGGAACCGUUUGGAGCCUACAUCGGAGAUCCCUCCCGCGCGUGCUGGCCAUUGCGCGGCAGCUCACGAUGGCAAGGUCUACAUUUUUGGUGGUGCUGAUGACCAAUUCUUCUACAACGACAUUUGGUGCUUUGAUCCACAAACAAACACAUGGGAGGCAGUACCAGCAUUCGGUGUAUUGCCCACAAGUCGUCAAGGCCAUUCUGCUUGUGUCGUAGAUGAUACCAUGUACAUUUAUGGUGGAAUGGAUCAUGAAGAUCAACUCUUGGGCGAUUUAUCUGCAUUCAAAUUUAAUGAACGUCGCUGGCUGACCUUCCCAACUACAAUCGAGUCACCAUCACCUAGGACUGAGCAUGCUAUGUGUGCUGUAGGAGACAGGAUUUUUAUUCUUGGCGGUCAGCUGGAACUGAACGCUGAUGAGGAGGAUGCUAAAUCCAUCUACAUCCUUGACACAACGAAAAUUCGAUAUAACGAGCCUGCAAUCACAUCUCAACGAUCUCCAUAUGAUAAUGAAAGUGCGCUGCGUCUGGAAGUCCCACCAGCUGAAUCCUUGGAUGACACUCCAAACCGACCCAAUCUUAAUAAUGACCCCUCAAUUAAUAAUAAUCAACAGCACAACAACGAUGGCAUCACUAACACCAACACCAAUAAUAAUGUCAAUCCCAACACUAGUAAUGGAAACCCUAGUCUUUCGCGCUUUACUGUAGAUGACUCCAUGAUUGGGCCCUAUUCGCAAACACAGGGACGUCCCAGUUUGGAUGAUUCGAUUUCACGUCGCAGAGCCGCAGGCAAACCCGCUAUGACUGGCUACCAUGAAAUCGAGCCACGUGCAACCCAAUCCAUUGAUGAGACUCGUCGACCGAGUGUCGGUACUGGUUCCGACCCACAUGAAGCGCGAGGACAAGUAUUUGGAUUCCAGAAGCCUUCGCAAUUCCAACUUGGAUACAGUCUUAGCAAACAGCUACAGCAACAACAGCUACAGCAACAACAGCUACAACAACAACAACAACAACAGCUACAGCUACAACAACAACAACAACAACAACAGCAGCAGCAGCAGGAUAUUGCUGAAAGGAGAUCAUUGGAUAGCCGGGGAAGAGGUUCGUCGAAUCCAUCACCCAAUUCACUACCCCGUGGAUCAAUAGAUCAGACUGCUCGCAACGUCUUGGUUCAACAGCAGCAGCAGCAUCAACAGCAUCAGCAGGAACAGCAGGAACAACAGCAGCAACAGCAGGAACAACAGCAGCAACAGCAGGAACAACAGCAACAACAGCAGCAGGAAAAAGAAAAAGAACUUGAACAGCGACAGCAAGGUUCGCCUGAUUUGCAGGACACUUCCAAGGAUGCAGAGAUCAAAGACCUAAAGCAACGUGAACAAUGGCUCCUUGCAGAAGUAGCAAUGGCACGAAAGCGGAUGGGGGAACGUCCACUCAGUUUAACAGCUGCGUUGAAAGAGGACAUGGUUGCAUUCGAUACAGAGCCAGACAGUGAAAAGUACAAGAUCAUGCAGGCACUCCUCAGCGUGAAACAAGAGUUGGAACGAUCAAAGACCUUGAUCGUUGCGCAGGCUCAAGUGGCCUCCAACAAGUUGCGUGAGGCUGAACGGGUCCGCACAGCAGCUUUACAAGAGGCUGCGUAUCUAAAAGCCAAGGUUUCGGCCUUGCAGUCCGGAGAGGCCUCUAGUCUGGUCGCCACAGAGACUGCAAGAGCCUUUGAUCUGGAAAAGAGGUUGACAGCAGCAUUGGCCAUGGUCGAUAAACUCCAGUCCCAAUCAGAUCAACACGAAGCCAUCUUGGAACGUGAACGUCACGCGAAAGAGGCGGCCUUGGAACGAGAACGACAGAUGGCUCAACGGGCAGAGGCAGCCGAGUUGUCUCAUACAAGGUCCUUGGCAGAGUUAGCCACGCUCCAUGAGCGAGCCUCAAAAGCCGAAGCAAAUCUUCGAGAAUGUGAAGCCAAGAAUGCAUCCAAUGAGGCCGGACUAUCAUCCUAUCAACAACAAUCUACAGCACUGUUCUCACAGAUCUCGGAACUCAAGACGACGAUUGAUCAUCAAAAGAAAUCGCUCGAGAAAGCAAAGAUCGCGUUCUCGCAUGCGAACGAACGUGCGGAAGCAUCGGAUCGGCAGUGGAAUCAAGCCCGUCAAGAGAUUCAUACUUCACAGUUGGUCUUUGCAGGUGUCCGUGCAGAUCUCGAAAGGGCUCAACGGGAGGCUGAGCACUGGAAGGCGAAGGCCCAGGAUACGGAUCUGUUAUGGCAAAAGGCCAAGAGUGAGUGUGAGGCCAUGAGAGCUCUGUUGGAAGAAGACAUGAGCACCUCUGCCUACACACCGGGCAACAGCAGUCGUAAGCAUGACAGCAUUAUGGCCAUCACAUCCGCAUCUCGAGUUGCAGAGCUGGAACAUGAAUUGGGGACGUUGAGACAUCUGUUGAGAGAAUCGCAAGCAGCGGCUGCACAGGCCAACAAGGAUCUGGGCGAGAGCAUGCUCCGAAUCUCACAGCUGGAGCAGUCAUCUAUGGCAGCACGUACAGAAGCUACAACAGCUCAACGCCAGUUGACCGCUGCUGAGGACAAGGUCUCCUCGCUCGAGGCUCAACUGAGUCAGAAGGAGGAGGCUUUGGAGGAGAUGGCGAAGGAGCAAGAGAACAACGAAGUUCAGUUGGGCGUGCUCCGAGGCGUGAUGCGUGAGAACGGUCUGUUGGCGGAUGAUCUGAUUUUGGAAGCGUUGAGUCAAAGUGCUGCUGGCACACAGACGGCUUCAUCAGGAGCUCAGAGCCAAACUAUUGAUGCGCUCCAGAAUAAGAUCCAGGAGCUGGAAAAGCAGGCCAAGGAUACUGAAGAGCAGCUAGAGCAACUUUACACACUCAAGAAGCAGCAGGAAGAGAGGAUCCAGCAACUGGAGUCUGAUUAUCAGACGGCGCUCCAUUAUGUACAGGGAUCCGAGAGUAUGUUGCAGCGACUUCGUGAUGAGCGAGAUGCUGCGCUGAAAAAAUUCGAGGAAAUCGAGACAGCGCAUGCGGCUUGUGAAGAGUUGUUGCGGUCAUCUACAAAAGAGGCUGCAGCGUCCGCAUCCGUGUCCUCUGCUGCAUUAGCUUCCCAGUUGGAAGAGGAAGUUUCGGAUCUUCAUCGCCAGUUGCAUGAAUCCAUGGGUCGAGCUAUGGAGUUGGAACAAAAUAUGGAGGAGAUGACAAGGGCACUGCAGCAAUCUGAGGCUGCAGCUGAGGCGACCAUGAAUGAGCUCAAUGCCUUGAAAGCUAAGCAACAUGAGCACAUGGAUCAGAACACAACCACGCCCGAGGCUUUCCAACAACAAUUAGAAACUAUGAGGCAGUCCAUGGAGGAGACACAGACAGCCCUUCUAGAGACUCAGCGGUUGUUGGGGGCCAGCCAGUAUGAGCUCAAGCAGGCACAUGAGCAGAAUAAGCAUGCUAGCAGAGAGCUGGAGGAGGCUCUUGCGGCGCUCAAGACCGCACAGGAGAAAGCAGCUGCCUCAGAAGCAGCGGCCCUUGCUGCAAAGGAGGCUGCAAUGGCUGCAACAGCAAUGGCAGCGGCAGCGGCAGCGACGGCAUCAACUGGAGGGAGACGAUCACCGGAGGAAGAGAAGAAGCAGAAAGAGAUGGAAGAGGAGCAGCAACGAAAGAUUUCGGUCGCAUUGGCGGAGGCAGAAGAGAAGCGGGCCGCGACUUUUAGGGCUCAUCAGGAGGAGUUGGAGUUGGUGAUUGACAAUGCUCAAAAGACCAUUCAGGAACUUCAGUUAAAGAAUCAGGAUCUGGAGCAACAACUUCGGGUGUCUGAGAACAAGAUUGCAAUCCUGCUGGAUAAUUACCAAGGUCCGGAUUCGGUCCGCAACAGUGUGGCUAGCGUUGGAAGUGGCAGUGAUGAUUUGAUGAUGCGACUGCUGGAGGCUAGCCAACAUCAACAUCCCCAUCAAUUGCCGCCCACUGUUGCCAGUUUGAUUGCUCAAGGAAGAGCCGCAGCAGCAGCAGCAGCAGCGGCAGCAGCACAGUCAGGAGCAGCUGGUGGAGCUUCUGGCCCAUCUUCAACAUCACCUUCACCAGCACUAACCGCAGCAGCAACAACAACAGGAUCAGGCCUCACAGGAGCAAAUCGGAUCCCCACACCUGUGUCUCACGGAUCGCAUUUGACGGAUAGAUCUUCAGCAGAUUCCUUGGCUAAUGAGUUGGAAUUGUUUCGCUCUACCUGGGGUCAAGCCCACUUGGCAGGUGCAGCUUACAGACCUGUGUUGACAACUGUUAUCUCUUCGGAAUCUACAUCCUUUGGCCCUGCACAAGAUGAUGAUGAUGAGAACAAUGCUCAUGAAGGCACUGCCGAUAUCAACAACACCAAUACCGAUGAGGAUGCAGCAGCAGCAGGCAUCAAUUCGCAUGCUUCGACUCCACCAGCAUCAACUGAAGGGGAUUCAUCACUUGCUGGAGCUGAUGGUUCAAUGGCAACGGAUGCAGAUGCGGGAGAAGGAAGGGAUGAUGGGGUGAAUACAAGUGACGAUGCUACCACUGCAGAAGCAACAGUAUCACCUACGUCUGUUGUGACUCACAGCAGUAGCAACCCUCUUCCAGCGGCCACCAUGGGGCCUUCUGCAUCGACAUUGAGCUCUGCUCAAAAACUGGAGGAAUAUGAAAAAAUGAUUGAGAAUAUGGCAAACACACGACGAAAAAAUGAGGAAUGAUGAACAAG